AAUCAUGUGCGCCAAUGGCGUUUUAAAAUUUCAAAUCUCAACGGUUGUUUGUGUUUGCCAGUUGAACGUGUUCUUAAUGAAAUCAUAGUUUAAAAAUCUGUAAUUUUUGAAUUGUGUCGUAAUUUAUAUCGAGGGAUGGCCCAGUUCAACUAUUUGAACGAAAUAAAUAGUUUAGCCACCAUGGACGGGCCCAUUACGAGAGGUCCUUUGCAAAGAUGGAUCAAGAAAUCAAACAACGAAAAUAUAAAUCCCUCGUUGAGCUCAUCAUUGAAGAACAUUUCUAAUGCAAACAUAAGUUCUUGCAAUCAAUCGCUCCAAAAACUGUCGAUUACUGCAAAUCAAAGCUGCAAUAACAGUGCGUUAUCUAAUAGCAAGACACCUACAAGAAAUGAAAAUAAGAAAGGCAAGAAAACUCCGUGUAAAACGAAGUCCCCAGGUCGUUCAACAACACCAACUCCCAACAAAGCCUCUAAGACACCAAACAAAGCUGACAGAUUUAUACCUUCGAGAAGCAAUUCUAACUAUGACCUGUGCCAUUACAUGAUGAGCCGUGAUGAAGAAAAAAGUGAAGAAGCAGUAUCACAAAUAGCAGCGACUGAGGCCAUUGGAAGGGUGCUGACAGACACAGAGCCAGGCCGUCUACUGCAGUACACAUGUAAAGCCCCUGCCGCACCUGAAGGAUACCAGAAUAGAUUACGAGUUGUAUACUCACAGGCAAAAGUUCCUUCAACUGUGAAAAACAACACAAGAUACAUUCCACAAGCUCCUGAAAGAAUACUUGACGCUCCUGAUAUUUUGGAUGACUAUUAUCUCAAUUUAGUUGACUGGAGCACAUCAAAUGUGGUGGCAGUGGCUUUAGGUAAUGCUGUAUAUUUGUGGAAUGCUGGCACUGGGCAGAUUGACCAGCUCUUGACCCUGGAGGGCUCGGAGACUGUCAGCUCCGUCUCCUGGGUGCAAGGAGGCUCGCCACACUUGGCCGUUGGCACAUCAUCCUCAACUGUUGAACUGUGGGACUGUUCUAAAAUUAAGAGACUAAGGCUAAUGGAUGGUCACUCUGGUCGUGUGGGCGCGCUGGCAUGGAACAUGUACAUCUUGUCUAGCGGAGGCCGCGACGGUAACAUCGUGCACCACGACGUGCGACAACGCGACCAUGCUCUAGCCACCGUGUAUGCACAUACUAGAGAGGUGUGUGGUUUGAAAUGGUCGCUGGACGGUAAAUACCUGGCAUCGGGCGGUAACGACAACCUGCUCAACAUCUGGCCGCUGGCUGAGGGCCAGCACUACUCACAGCCACAGUAUUUAUACUCGUUCAACCAGCACCUGGCGGCAGUGAAGGGCCUGGCGUGGUGUCCGUGGAGUGCAGGCAUCCUGGCGUCAGGCGGCGGCACCGCGGAUCGCACCAUUCGCAUCUGGAACGUCAGCACCGGCGCCAACCUCAACACCGUCGACACCAAGUCACAAGUAUGUUCGAUCGUAUGGAGCACGCACUACAAGGAGCUGAUAUCCGGUCACGGGUACGCCAACAACCAGCUUAUCAUCUGGAAGUAUCCGACGAUGACGCGCGUGGCCGAGCUGAGCGGGCACGUGGCUCGCGUGCUGCACCUCGCGCUCUCGCCGGAUGGCACCUCCGUGCUCUCAGCCGGCGCCGAUGAAACCCUCAGACUUUGGAAAUGUUUCAUGUUGGACCCGUCUAAGAAGAAAGGCCCCACCGACUCAAAGGCUGCUAAAUCUCUACUGAACAUGAACUCAUUGAUUAGAUAAUAUGAAUUGACUAUACGACGCUUGUUGUGUGAACUUUUGACUGAAUAUUGUGAUGUACACAUUAGUGUUACUGUUGUAAUCAAUUAAGUUUUAUAUAAUUAGGAUCUUGGUACAUUAUACACUGGUGUUAUAAAGUAUUUUAUGCCGCAUUAUUUCAACUUUGUAAAGUUGGUUAGAUAAUGUAAUUUUACACAUUAUUUUUGAUUAUUGUUUUUCUAAAAACUUUUAAAGAUAUAGACAGGACUUUACAAAAUGAUGACAUGUUUUUAACUUGGUGACAUACAAGUAUUAAAAAUGUAAAAAUAAUGAAUUUGAAUUGUUAUUUAAAUGACAUUUUGUAAGGACUUAUCUAUAUUUUUAAAUGUUUUUCAACAAGUGAAGUUGAGGUCGUAAAAUGUUAUGUAUAAAUACUAAUUUUCUUUCUUGAUGUUUCUGUUUUAGUUUUAUUGUACUUUAUCUUCUGUAAUAAGUUUAACCGAGAGCAUUUCUCAACCUCGGCCUCCUUGUCCACUAACUUUAUACAAGUAUUUUGCGGCUGACUAAAUGUUAAUUAUGUUUUUACUACACUCUGCAUGGUGUUUAAGACGAUUUUAAUGAAAAACUGUGUUAUUUUAUUAAAAUAAAAAUAACGAACCUUGA